AUGUGGAGAAGCACGACGGGUCUUUGUAAUUCAAGCGAUUGGGGUCCGGUGACUAACGAUCGUUUAGAUCUUACUCCAUGCGCCCGAGAGGUCAUUCUGAAUGCUACUCUACCUAUAUGUGCUGUCAUUUAUUCUAUAAUAUAUCUAGCUAUUCAUACGUGUCGCGGACAAUCAAGUAUUUAUACUCCUUUGGUAUUCACUGGUCGAGACGUAAUAGAACAAGAACACGGAUAUGUACCAGUUUCAAAAUAUGAUAUCAGCCAGCUAGUUAUAUCCUUCAUUCAGUUGGGAUUUGUAGGUUUCCUUUUCGGCUGGGAAAUUGAAAAAGAUCAUUCUAAUGGCUUAUAUAUGGUAGUUGGUGCAAUUGGCCAAUUUACUUCUUGGAUUUAUAUCGUUAUAUUAUUAGCAUGUCAUUUCAUGACGCGAAGAAAUCAAACUCAAUAUGCAUUUAUUAGACAACUAUUGAUUUUAUACACGCUUUUAUUUAUUGUUGCGUGUCUAAAUCUUCGCUCUAUGUUGAUAAAUAAAGAAAAUAAACCGAAAGGAUAUGAACGUGUAUUUGCAAUAUGGAACUUUGGUGCUUGUGGUAUAUUAUUUGCUUGUUCCCUAAAGAGACCACGGAAUCCAGAAUUGAGGUAUGCAAGGAACCGCAGAGUAAUAUCUCAUGAUACCGUUGCGUCUAUAUGGUCUCUUCUCACUUUUGGUUGGAUGAGUUCGAUGGUUAGAAUGGGUAACAGACGUAGUCUCACGGAAGAUGAUUUAUGGGAAUUGCCAUAUAGAUGUCAAGCUGCUCAUUGUUACUAUGAAUUAGAUCAAAUAUUAAAUCCAAGUCUUUUAACGCGGUUACUUCGUGUUAACACCAACAAUCUUCUUCUUUUCCUUUUUAUUGCAAUAUUUCGAUCUAUUUUUUCCUUCACUACACCUUUCUUUCUCUAUAAAUUAUUAGAAUACAUAACUAACAAUAAAAGCAAUGAAUAUACUGAAGAACCCUAUAUUUAUGUAUUUGGGAUAUUAUGUUCUGAACUUGCUAGAAUCCUUUUCUUAAAUCAGUUAAACUAUCAAGUAGUUUGGUUAGGUAUUCGUGUGGAACAAAUGCUGAGUGUUUUGGUGUAUUCGAAACAAUUACAUAUAAAAACUUCAUCCAGAUCUAAUAAUAAUAGAUCAAACAAUAAUGUUCUAACAACUGAUGUUGGUGAUAUUGCUGGCUUUUUCUCCAAUCUUCCCUUCCUUUUGACAAUUCCAUUAGAAAUUAUUGUAGCAAUAAUAGGUUUAUAUUAUUUGCUGGGUGUUUCUAGCAUUAUUGGUAUAGCAAUUAUGAUAUUAUGCCUUUGGAGCAGUAAAAGAUUCGGAAGACGCGUCUCUCGAUUACAAAAACGGGUUAAAAAGGCAAGAGAUGAAAGAGUUAGUGAUAUUUUUGAAUUGCUUCAUGUUGUUCGUACAAUAAAAAUGUAUGGUUGGGAAAAUAGUUUUCAUGAAAGAUUAAUGUACUCUCGUACAAUUGAACUCAAUCAACUUCGGCGUUUAUUUUGGCGCACAACAUAUCUCACUCUAUUAGUUCACCUUACUCCAUUCCUUGUUACAUUAUUUGCAUUUGCUUUUUAUACAUUUGUAUUUAAAAACAGUCUAUCGCCCGCUUGUGCUUUCACAAGUAUCAUACUAUUUAACACGUUAAAACAGCCAUUACAAAAUUUUCCAAAUUUGGUGGUUGAACUUGUAGGACUUGGAGUAUCAGUAAGACGUGUAGAAAGGUUUUUAAAUGAGAUUGAUAUUCAAAAAGAUAUUUCAAUGACUAGUUCAUAUACAAAAUCCAUAGUUGGUUUUAGUGGUGUUGAUGUUUCUUGGAGUUAUGAUAUGAAUAUUUUAGAUCCUAAUGAUUUCUCAUUAAGGGAUGUGAAUUUAGAAUUCCCUCUUGGAAAAUUAAGUAUCAUUUAUGGUCCAAAAUCUUCCGGGAAAACCCUUCUUUUUCUCUCACUCCUUCGUGAAACAUUCUUAUUACGUGGUAUUAUCAAUUUUCCCUCGAAUUCAGUCGCAUAUGUUCCACAACAAACAUGGAUAGAAAAUACCACCAUUCGAGAUAAUAUAUUAUUUGGUUCUGCUUUUAUCGAAGAACGUUAUUGGAAUAUUGUUGACGCUUGUUGUUUGCAUAAAGAUUUCGAAAAUAUGGAUGAGGCAGAUUUUACCAAGUGUGACGAGAAGGAUAUAAUUUUAAAAGAUGAUCAAAAGGCUCGUAUAGCACUCGCAAGGGCGUUAUAUAGUUCCGCGCAAAUCUUACUUUUGGAUGAUUUUUUGUCCAUCAUGGAUCCAUUAUUAGCACAUCAAAUUAUUGAGAAUUGCCUAAAAAGUCCGAUUAUUGAUGGACGAACUGUGAUAAUUGCAACAUACUAUGUUCGCUCUCUUUUGGACGUUGCUAGUUAUAUUGCAAUACUUGGAAAUGGAACAGUUUUAGCCAGUGGUACUCCUGAACAAGUACGUGAAUCUGGAUAUUUAAAUGAUGAAAUUCUUGGAAGUGAUGUAGAUGUAGAGAAAAGUCAAGAUAAAAAUUUUCGGAAUUCGUUAAUUAGAACUUAUGAAAAAUAUAUCACUGAUAAGAAAAUUUGGACACCAGAAGAAGCGCAACCUCAAGGAAAGAUUCCGCUCAAAAUUUAUCUUUCCUACUUUAAGUCUAGCGGAGGCCUAUUUAUUUGGUUUAUGCUAAUUUUUUUGUUUAUAACUAUUCGAGUUUUAACUGUGGGUGAGACUUAUUGGUUAAAUAUAUGGUCAGAAUGGUCAGAAGCUCAUACAAAAUUAGCCAAUACAACAUCACCUGAACUAUUAGAUGAUAACACCCGAGCAGAUCAUUUAUUUUAUAUAGGCAUAUAUGCUGCUAUUGCCUUAAGUUCUGCUAUCUUUACAAUUGUUCGCAUGAUUUGGCAACUUUAUGUUUCUCUUAAAGGUUCAAGAAUUUUGUUUUCGGAAUUACUUAAUGCUAUUUUGAGAGCACCUUUGAGCUUUUUUGAUACUGCACCUCUUGGAAACAUUAUGAAUAGAUUUUCUAAAGACUUGGGUAUAAUAGAUCAGAGUCUUAUGACAGUUUUAUCGAGUUGUCUUGGCAAUGCUGUUGGUGUAAUAAGUGUAUUGGCUGUAGUUACUGCCAUCACAUAUGAAUUUUUCUUUGUUUCCAUUGUUGUUGGAGCCAUUGCAUCAUAUUUUGCUGGUAUUUUUAUUCUAUGGAAACAAACUCAUGGAGAACCUAUGAGCGGUGGUUUGGCGGGCUUUUGUCUAAGUUAUGCUCUUGGAUUUGUACAGAUCGUAUUUAUGCUAGUCAAAGAUUAUUCUACCAUGGAAAAUAAUCUAAAUAGCGUGGAACGCAUUAAGGAAUACAUUGAUAUGCCACAGGAAUCCCUAUCGGUUGCAAGUGCACAUCCUCCAGCUGCAUGGCCGACCGAUGGUAAAAUUGAAGUGUCUCAUCUGACGAUUAACCAUGCACUAAGAAAUGAACCCGUACUCCAGAAUCUUUCAUUCUAUGUUCGAGAUAAAGAAAAAAUUGGCAUUAUUGGAAGAGCAGGAGCUGGCAAAUCUACUUUAGCGAAUUCAUUCUUAAGGUUGGUGGAAGCUAACGAAGGCCGGAUUGUGAUUGAUGGAAUUGAUAUUGCUGAUAUUAGUUUAGAAGACCUUAGGUCACGAUUGGCUAUUAUAUCUCAAGAACCCAUACUUUUUGAAGGGACUAUUCGGUCAAAUUUAGACAUUCGAUUAGAAUAUGAAGACGAUGAUUUAUGGGAAUCAUUAAGACGAGCUCGUCUCAUUCAUAUUGAGGUAGAAGGAAACAGACAAGCUUUAAUCAUUGGACCAAUAACAAGCUUAGAUGAUCCGGUUAAUGAAGGCGGUAGCAACUUCUCGCGAGGCCAAAGGCAAUUAAUUUGUUUUGCGAGGGCAUUAUUAAGACAACCUAAAGUAUUAACUGCCAAUCUUGACACGGAAACGGAUAAAAAAAUACAAGAAAUCAUUCAUGAUGAAUUUCAAGAUUCUACAGUUUUGAACAUUUCACAUCAAUUUAAGAAUAUUAUAAAUUCAGAUAGAAUUCUUGUUCUUGAUCAAGGAGAGAUUGUUGAGUUUGAUACGCCAUCUAAUCUUAUGAUGAACCCUGAAAGUUUAUUUAGACAGAUGAGUGAACAGGAUGGUACUUUACAAUCUUUGAUGAAAACUAUGAAGUUAAAUUAUCCGGAAGAUGAGGACGAAGAGGAACAUUUUGAGGAACAUUAUGAUGACGAUGAUGUACAUGGGAUGGAAAUAGAAAUUGAAGAUGAAGAAGAGGAGGAUGAUGAGCAAACUGAACGUGAGUCAGAACAUGAGGUGGAUGAAGAACAAGAAAAUAAUCAACAACCGGAAAUGCACGAUGAACAACAUCACAAAGAUGAUUGGGAAGUUUAG